GCCCGGCGGAGCCCGCGGAGCGGCCGUGGCAGGAGCACGAACCGGAGCGCCGCCGCGCCGGCACCCGGAGAUGCCCUGCAUCCAGGCCCAGUGCAGCACCCCGGGCGCCGGCCCCUGCGAGCGCUGCCCGGCCGAGCUGCUCAGCCCCGAGGGCGGCCGAUUCCCCAUGGAAGUGGCCGGAGCCGAUCUGGCGGCCGCCGCUCCAGCCCUGCCCAGCUUCAGCACCUUCAUGGACGGCUACGCCGGCGAGUUCGACGCCUUCCUCUACCAGCUGCCCGCCAGCGGCCAGCCCAGCGCCGCCACCGCCUUCAAGCUGGAGGAUUUCCAGGUGUACGGCUGCUACCCCAGCGCUUUUGGGGGGCAGCCGGACGAGACCCUGUCCUCCAGCGGCUCGGACUGCUACGGGAGCCCCUGCUCCAUCCCCUCGCCCGCCACGCCCGGCUUCCAGCCCCCGCCGGCCGCGGCAUGGGAGGGCUCCUUCGGGCCGUACUCGCCGCUGCCGAACUACGAGGCCGGGCAGCCCUGGGCUGAGCCAGCCAAGAGUGGGGGGUCUCAGCCUCCCUUUUUCGCCUUCAGCCCCCCGGCGCCCAGCCCUGCUGGCUCCCCGGCGACCCUCAAGGGGCAGCUGGGCCCCUCGCCCCGUGUGGACCCGCGGCUGCUGGACACGGACGCGUUUCCCCCGAGCCAGGGGGGUCCCAGGGGGUUCGGGGGGCUGCCCUUGGCUCCCAGCUCGCCGCUGCUGGAGGGGCCCAGCAAGGUGCGCAGCCCCGGGGCGGGCGAGGGGCGCUGCGCCGUCUGCGGGGACAACGCGUCGUGCCAGCACUACGGCGUGCGCACCUGCGAGGGCUGCAAGGGAUUCUUCAAGCGCACAGUGCAGAAGAACGCCAAGUACAUCUGCCUGGCCAACAAGGACUGCCCUGUGGACAAGCGGCGCAGGAACCGCUGCCAGUUCUGCCGCUUCCAGAAGUGCCUGGCCGUGGGCAUGGUCAAAGAAGUGGUCCGGACCGACAGCCUGAAGGGGAGGCGAGGCCGGCUGCCCUCCAAGCCCAAGCAGCCGCCGGAUGCGUCCCCCGUCAGCCUCAUCACCUCGCUGGUGCGGGCUCACAUCGACUCCAUCCCCAGUGCCACCAAGCUGGACUACUCCAAGUUCCAGGAGUCAGCCCCGUGCCCGUUUGAGAAGGAGGACUCGGUGGACGUGCAGCAGUUCUACGACCUCCUCACCGGCUCCAUGGACGUCAUCCGCAAGUGGGCCGAGAAGAUCCAGGGCUUCAGCGAGCUGCCCAAGGAGGACCAGGACCUCCUGCUGGAGUCAGCCUUCCUGGAGCUCUUCAUCCUUCGCCUGGCGUACCGCUCCAAGCCAGAGGAAGGCAAACUCAUCUUCUGCAACGGCGUGGUGCUGCACCGGCAGCAGUGCGUGCGCGGCUUCGGCGAGUGGAUCGACGCCAUCCUCGAGUUCUCCCAGAGCCUGCACCGCAUGAGCGUCGAUGUCCCCUCCUUCUCCUGCCUCGCCGCCCUCGUCAUCAUCACAGACCGGCACGGCCUGAAGGAGCCCAAGCGGGUGGAGGAGCUGCAGAACCGCAUCGUGGGCUGCCUCAAGGACCACGUGGCGGCAGCAGGGCCCGAGCCCGGCCGCUCCAGCUGCCUCUCCAAGCUGCUGGGCAAGCUGCCCGAGCUGCGCAGCCUCUGCACCCAGGGCCUCCAGCGCAUCUUCUACCUCAAGCUGGAGGAUCUGGUGCCGCCGCCACCCAUCGUGGACAAGAUCUUCAUGGACACUCUGCCUUUCUGAGUCCCCGGCAAGGGGCUGCCAUGAGCCCCUGACCUGCCUGGGGACAUCUGGGACCCGCCCUGGGUAACCCUGGUUCAGUCCAAGGAUGCCUGGGAACCCUCUGGGCACCCCUGGGUCACCCCUGGGAUGCCUGGAACAUCGCCUGGGUACCCCUAGAUCAGCCCUGGGAUGUCUGGGACCCUCCCUGGGUGACCCCCAGAAUGCCCAAAAACCACCUGGGGUAUCCCUGGAUCACUCCCGGGACGCCUGGAACCUGCCCUGGUCACUCCUGGAUCAGUUCUGGGAUGCCCAGGACACCCCUGUGGACUCCUGAACGACCUCUGGGACACCUGGGACCCCCCCCAGGCCAUUCCCAAGACUCCAUGCAUACCCCUGGAUCACCCCCAGAACCCCUGGAACCCCCUCCUGGGUCAUCCACAGGAUGUCUGGCACCCCCUGGGCACCCCAAAUCGCUCCUGGGAUCCCUGGGACCACCCCUGCAUCACUCCAGGGAUGCCUGGGAUCGCUCCCAGGAUAUCUGGAACAUCCCCUGGGUACCCCUAGAUCAGCCCUGGGAUGUUUGGGACGCCCCCUGGGUGACCCUCAGAAUGCCCAAAAACCACCUGGGCAUCCCUGGAUCACUCCUAGGAUGCCUGGAGCCCCCUCCUGGGUCAUCCACAGAAUGCCUGGGACCCCCUGGGCACCCCAAAUCGCUCCUGGGAUGCCUGGAACCACCCCUGCAUCACUCCAGGGAUCCCCUGGAUCACCCCCAGAACACCUGGAACCCCCUCCUGGGUCAUCCA